GGGGGCGCGUGCGCAAUGAGUGCGGUGGGCUCCACCCCAGCGCCGGGGAGCGGGCGGGGGUCGGCGCUGCACCCGGGCUCGGCUCUCCGGCCCCGGGCGCUGCGGGCCGCCGACGCGGGUUCCUGCCCCGGGGCCGCGGUGCUCCGCCCUGCUGGCGGGGCCCGGCGUUAUCGGACUGGCGCUGCGGGCCGGCUCUGGGGGGGAGGAAGGCCGCGUGUCGCCGCUGCCCCGGCGGCGGGGCCAGCCCGGGUUCCGGCCGCCCUCCCGGUUGCCUCGGCUGAGAGCGGCAAGGCCGGGCGGGGCCGCGCCCUGUGCGGGCGGCAGCCGCCUCCGAGCCGGGGCGGAGCCCCUCACCGCAGCCGCUGCCUCGGCCCUGCUAAGUCUUGGCGGCCUUAAAGAAUAAUGUAGUGUACGCUGUACUUAAUAAGCCUUAAAACGGGGAGCAUGAAAUUGGAGCUCCUCCUGAUGCUGGCAGACCUGUAGGGACACCUGUGAGAUCCUGUUCAACCUCUGGUUCCUACACUGGGCCUUCAGGUUGAGGCUUGCUUUUGAAGCACCCUGUCAAAUGGUGAUGCAAAAACAUGAAGUGAGAAAAAAGAAAAUGGAAGAGAUCUCCAUAGUGCAGAGGGCUCAUCUCAGUGCUCUGAAGAGUCAUGUUUUCAAAUUCAGUGGUGCUGUCAAACAGUUCCUGGUUUAAUACUGGCUGUUCCUGCACUGGUUGUGUGAAGGCUGUGUCGACUGUUCAGUGGGAUCCCUCCUCAGACUUCAAGUCCAAGACCUUGCGCUGCAUCUUUGAGAAUACAGAUCAAGUGAUGGUUCUGCUCCUCUUGGAGCUCUCGAAGGUCAUCUCCAGACCUUAUGAGGGAAAGGAUAUGUUCAAGAUGUACUUCUAGCUUGUGCAUCUAUAACAAAGGCAUCUUGCAUGGUAGGAUGGACUAGAGGAGAUCACCACAAGGAUCCAGUCCAUGUUUGAGUCUUGAGCUUUGCUUUAUGAGGCCCCUGUCGUCAUGGGUACGCCAGUGUUCGUACUUGCUGGUCUCCUUGUGCAUUGUGUCUUCUUGGCCUCCAUUUUUGACAUCUACUUCACCUCCCCUCUGGUUCAUGGUAUGACUCCUCAGCAGACUCUGCUGCCCUCCCCAGCAAAACGUCUUGUACUCUUUGUCGCUGAUGGUCUGCGGGCAGAUUCCCUGUAUGAACUGGACAGCAACAGUACUCCUCGAGCCCCUUUCCUGCGACAGUGGGCAGUGAAUAUUUCUUCCAGAAGAUGGAGACAAGAAAACAGUGCAUGGAGUAUUCUGGAGAAUAACGGCAGCUGGGGAAUCUCUCACACCCAUGUCCCAACAGAGUCUAGGCCAGGCCACGUUGCACUUAUAGCUGGAUUUUAUGAAGAUGUCAGUGCAGUUGCUAAAGGCUGGAAGGAGAAUCCAGUGGAAUUUGACUCUGUUUUCAAUGAAAGUAGAUAUACUUGGAGCUGGGGAAGCCCAGAUAUUUUGCCAAUGUUUGCCAAAGGUGCUAGUGGAGAUCACGUUUAUACGUUUUGUUACACAGCAGAAAGUGAAGAUUUUGGUACGCAAGAUGCAUCGAGGCUUGACACUUGGGUUUUUGAUCAUGUUAAGAGCUUCUUUAAUUCUUCCAGAAAUAAUCAAACGUUGUACUCUGCACUAAAUGAAGAAAAAGUGGUUCUGUUCCUGCAUCUGCUAGGCAUAGACACAAAUGGGCAUGCUCAUCGGCCAAACUCGAGGGAAUACAAGGAGAAUAUUAGAAAAGUUGAUGAGGGUGUAAAAGAAAUUGCUUCAAUGCUUGAAAAUUUUUAUGGAAAUGAUGGGAAGACUGCUUUUAUCUUAACUUCUGACCACGGAAUGACAGAUUGGGGAUCCCAUGGAGCUGGUCAUCCCUCAGAGACCUUAACACCACUAAUUGCUUGGGGUGCUGGAGUGAAUUAUCCACAGAGGGUUGCAUCCCAAUUCUUUGAAGACAAUUUUUUGAAAGAAUGGAAACUGGAGAACUUGAAGAGGCUGGAUGUCAAUCAGGCUGAUAUAGCACCGCUGAUGGCUUCUCUUAUCGGUGUUCCUUUCCCUCUGAAUUCUGUGGGAACUCUGCCUUUGGAAUAUCUAAACAAUAGUGCUUAUUUCAAAGCUGAGAGCAUGUUCACAAAUGCUGUUCAGAUUCUCGAGCAGUUUAAGGUCAAGAUGACUCAGAAAAAGGAAACAACAUUGUCAUUUCUGUUCAUGCCAUUUAAGCCGCUUUCUGAUUCUGAACAAAUUAAUCUUUUAAAGAAAACAAGACUCUAUAUUCAGCAAGAAAAGUACGAUGAAGCGGUAUCUCUGUGCAAAGCCCUGAUUAUCCUUGCUUUGGAAGGCCUGUCUUACUACCAUACUUACGACAGAUUAUUCCUGGGCCUAAGUAUCGCAAUGGGUUUUGUGGGCUGGACAGCUUAUGUGAUUUUGGUGAUUAUAAAGACCCAUACCAAUCUGACUAAGGCUGCCCAAAGUCAUGACAAGGAAUCUACUAUUCUCUUGUACUGUUUUGCAUUCGUUGGAAUGAUAAUAGCUUUUUUCCUGUUGAUUCAAAUGUGUCCUUGGACAUAUUAUGUAUACUGUCUAUUGCCAGUGCCGGUAUGGUAUGCAGUUGUAAAAGAACUUCACAUUAUUCAAGACCUUGCUGCAAAUCUCUUGUCACUUCAUGUUGGCCGCUCUAUGGGAUUCCUAUUGGUUUGUGCACUGGGAAUUGAAACACUAGUUUUCAGCUUUUUCUACCGCUCUACACUUACUGUUGGUCUUCUUGUCUUUGCUGGCUGGCCAGUGAUCACACAGCUGUGGGUUCGAGCAAAGACAACAGCAUUGAUAUGGAUUCUUCUGUGUGUACUUCUGGCAAUAUUUCCUUUAAUGCCUGUUGUAGGAAGAGAACCAAACAUUCCUUUGGUAAUAGCAGCCGGUUUGCUGACUCUUUUGAUCUCUUGCUCCUUCUUGGCAUCUCUGUGUAAAAGCAAAAAUAAAUACAUGAAUAAUGAAGAUCUGAUAGUACAGUUUUAUCAGAUGUUGAGCAUUGCGCUUUCAACAUAUGUCGUGAGCAGUACACAUAACAGUCUUCAGAACAAACAGGGAUUGCCAGUACUCAAUCAAAUUAUUAGCUGGACAACUCUAGUUUCUUCCUCAGUGUCGCCUCUGUUGAGCCCCACGUUUCUCUUUCAGCGACUGUUCAGCAUACUGCUCUCCCUGAUGUCCACCUAUCUGCUCCUCAGCACAGGAUACGAAGCUCUCUUUCUACUGGUGCUGUCUGGUUUGAUGUUUGUAUGGAUAAAUAUGGAACAAGAAGCACUGCAGCACUACAGUUUUUCACGCAAACCAAAGCUUGCUGUUUUCAACUUCUCCUAUGCUACUGAUAUAAUGCAGUUUCGACAGCUCCACCUGGAUGAUGUCCGUAGGUCUUUCUUCUUUGUUUUCUUCAUAGUGACAGCCUUUUUUGGCACUGGCAACAUAGCUUCUGUUAACAGUUUUGAGCCGGCUUCUGUCUAUUGUUUCCUGACUGUGUUCAGUCCCUUUGUGAUGGGAGGCUUGCUUGUGCUGAAGGUUGUAAUCCCAUUUGUUUUGGUAUCAUGUGCUUUUGAAGCGGUCCAAGUCACAACACAGCUUUCUUCUAAAAGCCUUUUCCUCAUUGUUCUUGUGAUUUCAGACGUUAUGGCUUUGCACUUUUUCUUUUUGGUUAAAGAUUACGGAAGCUGGCUCGAUAUAGGAACAAGCAUUAGCCACUAUGUGCUGGUGAUGUCAUUGACCAUCUUCAUGAUGCUGAUGAAUGGACUGGCCCAGCUGCUGACUACAAAGAGGCUUGAACUUUCCAGAAAGACUAAGCACCAUUUCACGUGACGAAGCGUUAAAUGUUCCUGCAGUUUUUCGCAUCCUCAGCCUUCCUCUGAACCAACCUCUGGCUGUGGAAUGUAAAUACAAGUUAACAGACUAGAGUGCCAAAAUCCCAUCCAGGGUUCAGAGUGCUCUGCUGAUACAGAUUAAAUGGUAUCCUGUGGCUGAAA